AGUUUGGUAAUGUUGUAGAGAGUUUGUGAGAAGUGCAGGUGAAAGCGGACAGUGAAGCUCUGAGAGAAAGCGUCAGGUGUUCUGGAAGGUUCUGGAGUGGAUGCGGGUCUGAACACUGAACUCAGGCCAUUCUACAGCAUGACUAAUCGGAAGGAGUCUGAUAAUUUGAGUCAUGCCGCGUUUGACCGCUUCAUGCUCGCUCAGACGUGCAAAGAUGUUCAGCAGAAUUUUAGUGAGCUCUGUCGCCACCUAGAGAUAAAUACCCAGGACUAUCGCCAAGUUUACAGUAAUCUGAAAGAGAGGCUGAACUACUGGAAAGCAAAAGAACUCUGGCAGAAGAUUGACAAAAGGGCAGCACACCCAGACUAUGACCAGGGCAAGCCCUGUGCCAAGACCAAGUGUUUAAUCUUAGGAGCAGGCCCAUGUGGCUUAAGGGUAGCUAUAGAGUUGGCUCUUCUAGGUGCUCAGGUCGUGUUGUUGGAAAAGAGAACUUCAUUCUCCAGGAACAAUGUUCUGCAUCUUUGGCGGUACACGAUCCGAGAUUUACAAAAUCUUGGUGCGAAGAAGUUCUAUGGCAAAUUCUGCUCUGGUUCUCUCGACCACAUUAGUAUCCGCCAGUUGCAGUUAAUAUUGCUGAAGCUGGCUCUGCUCUUGGGAGUUGAGGUUCACACUGGAGUGACCUACAAUGGUUUGAUUGAACCCCAAGCAUCAGGAACAGGUUGGAGAGCUUUACUGCAUCCUGAGUCGCACCCUGCUUCUUCAUAUCAGUUUGAUGUUUUCAUCUCCGCCGGAGGAGGAAGAUUUGUACCCGAUGGGUUUAAGAUUAAGGAGCUGAGAGGAAAGCUGGCCAUCGGCAUCACCGCUAACUUUGUUAACCACCGCACUGCGGCCGAGACUCAGGUGCCAGAGAUCAGUGGCGUGGCACGCAUUUACAACCAGAAAUUUUUUCAGGAGCUUCAAACAAAAAUGGGCAUUGAUUUGGAGAACAUAGUCUACUACAAAGAUGACACUCAUUACUUUGUAAUGACAGCCAAGAAAAUUAGCCUGCUGAAGAAAGGGGUCAUCAAGCAAGACUAUGCUAAUGCUGAACAACUGUUAGCACUUGCUAACGUUAACACGGAGGCUUUGCUGAAGUACGCAUAUGAUGCUGCUAUGUUUUCUACGGGCCAAAACCUUCCUAACCUUGAAUUCGCAAAGAAUCACAAGGGAGAGGAAGACGUAGCCAUGUUUGACUUCACCUCCAUGCACCGUGCGGAGAACUCCUCGAUGGUGAUGGAGCGCAAAGGCAAGAAACUCCUUAUCGGCCUGGUGGGAGACUGCCUGGUGGAGCCCUUUUGGCCCUUGGGGACAGGAAUCGCACGAGGUUUCCUGGCUGCUUUUGAUGCUGCGUGGAUGGUGAGGAGCUGGGGAAAAGGAACACCACAUAUGCAGAUUCUGGCAGAAAGGGAAAGUGUGUAUCAGUUACUAUCACAGACCACUCCUGAGAAUACGAGCAAGAACUACUCCGCCUACAGCAUUAAUCCGAGCACCCGUUACCCUAAUGUGAACAUGUUCUCCAUAAAACCUACACAAGUGCAGCAUCUGUAUAAGGUUGAGGCCAACUUGGAUACCAGCCAAAAGAAAAAAGUUCCAUUACGUACUAAUAAUCAAGCUUCUCUGCGACGUGUAUCAGAUCUGCUGACCUGGUGUCAGAAACACACAGCCUGGUGCGAGAGGGUUAAGGUGAAAGACUUGAGUCAGUCAUGGAGAUCUGGCCUGGCACUCUGCGCCCUGAUCCAGCACUUCAGACCCAAACUCAUAGACGUGUCCACUCUGGCUGAAGAUAAUGCCACGUACAACAACCAGCUGGCCUUUGACAUUCUCCAGAAGGAGUUUGGCAUCACCCCCAUCAUGUCUGCUAGUGCCUUCGCCUCUAGCAAGGAGAUCGAUCAACUGUCUGUGGUGCUCUACCUCACUCAGGUCCACAAUGCUUUCAGUGAGACUCCCAAACCAGCAGAAAAGGCCAGCUCGAAGUCUCUUUCGUUAACCCGCUCGGCUGUCUUUUUCCUGAACAAGCUCAAGCACAACUCCCUCCAGAGACGCAAGGAGCGUCUGGCUGCUGAGAGAGAGGAAAAGGAGCGAAAUAUGAGGGAGGAAGAGAAAAAGAAAGAUCUCGUGCCCACAGUGCCAGUGGCAGACGCAGAAAGCAGUGAGCUGUGCUACUUCUGCAAUCAGGAGCUCUAUGUGGUGGAGAGAGGCAGCGCUGAGGGCAAGUUCUUCCACCGCAGUUGCUUCACAUGCCAGGAAUGUGGUUCCACCCUGCGCCAGGGAGGAUACACCUUCCACACCGAGACGGGGAGGUUUUACUGCGAGCAGCAUUCCGAGCCAAAUCGAGAGAAUGAAGAGCAGAGAGAACCGGAGCGAUCGGAUGAAUCUGCAGGUGCAGAGGAUCUUAACAGGACGAAGGACAGUAACAAUAAGCAGCCAGAGGAACAGAAUGGGAGUAAAAACAAGCCCAAGGACGAUCGUGUGUUUAAUGCAACGCCUCAGAUGUUUCGUUCUAUAAAGAGAAAAAGUUCCUAUAAAAUAUCUAUAGAACCGGACUGUGAUGAAACCACAGAACCCAACGCGCUCACAGAGAACGAGCAGCUUUUACCAAUCAGUGCCAAUGACACCGAUAAGCCUGGCAUACCUGCAGAAAUUGAUCCAGUAAGCCAGACACAGUCAGAAGACAAUGAUAUCCAAACAGGAGAGGAGUCUUCCUGUCCUCUUGCCAUCCCUGUGCCAGCGCCACGUGGUUCUCGAGUGCCCAUCCCUAAACCCCGCACCAUCCACAACAUAGUGUCCUCACACACUGAAACCGAGGAGAACCAAGAUCCGAUGCCAGACCUCACUACCUGCAUGUCAGCGCCAAUAACCGUUCCUGAAAAUGACAAGACCUCUCAAACUCCUUCUAUCGGGCAAGAAAAUAGCCUGAAAAAGUCCAGUGAAUCCAAACCCAAACUAUCACUUAAGAAGCUCCAGCUGUCAGCCGAGGAGAAAACACAGCUGAUGGACUUUACUUUCAGCCAGGACUCAGACCCAGAGACACCGCCAUCCUCAUCAUCUACGUCUUCAUCCUCCAGGCCUCAGGAUGGGGGAGGAGCAGAGGAGGAGGGCUACUCGAGCGGGGGAGCGCCAUGGGGUCAAGUUCGACAGAAAAGGCUUCGCCGGGGUUUGAGAAGGAAAGAGGAGGUGCAGCGAGAAAGUCUGCCUCAACCGGGAAGAGUCCGAUCCAAAUUUUCACCCUGGAACUUGUCUUCACCUCGGCUGCAGCAACGCUUCAGUGUGCUACGGAUCCCUGUGAAUUCAGGUCAGGCAGAUUCUGAUGAUGAAGUCGAUGGUGAGGAUGAUGAUGAGGAGGAAGAUGACGAAGGGAAUGAAGAGGAUCUUACACUGGAGCAUUGUAUGGACGGCCAGGCUGUACCAGUGCAUCUGUCUAAGGCAGAGAAACAGGAGAUGAUGAAGAUGAGGACUUUGGAGCGAAGGGCCAAGAUGAGUGAACUUCAGCGCUUGCGUAAAGCUCAGUCUAUCCAGAGGAGGCUGGAGGAGAUCGAGGUGACAUUUAAAGACCUGGAGGAAAAGGGAGUGGUGCUAGAAAGAUCUCUCAGAGGACAGACUGGCCCUGAUGCCUCGACAGGCAUGAUCGACCAGUGGAUCGACCUGGUCCAGCAGAAGAAUGCUCUUGUUUCAGAGGAAUCUGAUCUCAUGGUUGCAUCUCGACAGCUGGAACUAGAGGACAAGCAGAGCAUGCUGGAGCUAGAGCUACGGCGCUACAUGGAAAUCGAAGAUUCUGAGAAGACUGCAGAACAACGGGCAGAGGAGGAUCAGAUCCUACAGCAGAUGUUGGAGGUGGUUGAUAUGAGGAAUUCUCUUGUGGCCUUCCUGGAGGAGAAGAGGCUUAAAGAGGUGGAUCAGGAACAGCUGGACUCCUCACUGCUGGAGAAUAAGAGACUGUCCACUGCAGGAGCUCAAGUACGCUGGGCAUAAGAGAACACACUUGCACAUGCAUAGAGACUCUUUUCACCACGUUCUGCCCUUCAGCUUUUACAUGUCAAACCAAAGACUUAAAAAAAAAACAACAACAACAAAACGUACGAGCCUAUGACUUGUUACUGUGUGCACUUGGACUCAGGAUCCAUGGCUGGAGAUUCAGUGUGUGUCUGGGGUUUCAACGGUCAAAUCAUAUACUGAGGUUACUCAUAAAAGACACCCAAAAUUAUUACAGAAAACUUUUAUUAUUAGCAUCCAAGCUUUCACUGCCCAGUUGCAGCUUAGAGAGGGAAGGACCAGUAGAAAUCCCAUAAUGUAGCUAGACUACCAAUACCACACAACACAGACACACACAUACACAGUAUGUACCACACACUGUAUCAGAAAGUGAAACUGAAAGAUUGCAUCAUUACGGUGUAUCAACAGAGAUUGAAUGUUUAUUAAUCUAUACUAUUUCAUAUGUAUCCAGCUAUCUGGCAAGCACAUAGCUCUUAUGAAAGCUACUGAUAAUAGUGUCAUUAUAAAAAAUAAUUUAUUUAUGUGUUGUUUGUUAGAAAUCAUAAUUCAGUCUUUUUGCUGCUGCUUAUUUACUACAUGCGGUAAUCAAAAAUAUCAGUGGAAAAGCUGUAAAAAUGAGUUAAAAAACAUAAUCCAUACUUUGUUUAUGAAUGUAUUUGAUACAUUUGGUACAUUCAGUACAUUUUCAAAUUUUUUUCUACAUCAUCUUCUCCUAAUUAUUAUUAUUAUUAUUAUUAUUUCCACAGAAAUCCAUUUUGAAUUACUUGAUGUUGAAACUCUCUUGGCUUUCUGUUCUGAUAUAAAAUGCCAUGAAAUAACAGCUGUAUUUUCAUUUGAAUGGAAUAAUAAUAUUUGUGUUGUUUUUAGUUUCUAUGUUGCAGUCAGUAACGCACGGUUCGUACCUGAUACCGUUGUGGAAAUGGUCCGAUGUGGAACUGUUGGAGUUGUUUUGCUUUGUUUUUUUUUUUGUCGUUUCCUUUACUUUUAACCAUGUUAACAAUCACUCAUGGAAUUGACACAAUAAAAAAUAUAGUGUAUAAAGGACAUCUCUGAGCAUCUGGGGUGUUAUCAUGUAUAUCAUGGUGUAUAUUCUGUGCUGAUCAGAUGUGAGUUAGAGCUACAAAAUGAUGUGGAUGAAUUUAGGCAGCAGACAGGAGUCCUUUCCUGGUUGCUGCUUCUUUAGACCCACUUGCUAAAAAUAAAGCUGAAGGUUGGAGGAGCAAAGGUGUUAUGAAGAAGGCAGUGACUUACAUUUUAUGACCUAUUGUAUGUUGUGUCUUAAAUUACUCCCUGUUCACUAUUUUGUGCACUAUUUUGGUUUGCCAAAGGAUAGUGAAUAACAUAAAAUUCUAUAAUUCUCUCAUUUGUUUAAG